GGCUUGACAGCCUCCCCUGCCUGUCUCUCUUUGUACACACACAUGUGUGUGCGAGAGGCUGGGGCUCUUUGUCCUGAGUCCCGUAACUGCAAAGUUAACAGGGCUGGAAGAGUUAGGAUCAAACAGCAGAAGGGCAAAAGAAAGGCAAAUUCGAUGUAAACCGGUCCUGGCCCUUGGCUCCAACACGACCCAAGCAGCUUUUGUGUUCUUUAUUGCACUGGAUUGUUUCUAGGGAAGGACAGGCAGAGAGGGCCAUCCUCAAUGAAGGUAGCUUCUCUUUUACUAGUGGGUUUUUACCUGCUGCCUUCUUGCAGGGCAGAAGAAGGACUGAACUUCCCCAGCUAUGAUGGGAAGGACCGGGUAGUAAGCCUCAAUGAAAAGAACUACAAGCAGAUUCUGAAGAAAUAUGACCUGCUCUGCCUCUUCUACCAUGAGCCAGUGUCUUCGGAUAAAGUUUCCCAAAAGCAGUUCCAAAUGAAAGAAAUUGUCCUAGAGCUGGCGGCUCAGGUCCUGGAACACAAAGAUAUAGGUUUUGCCAUGGUGGACUCCAAGAAAGAAGCCAAGCUUGCUAAAAAGCUAGGUUUUGAUGAAGAAGGAAGCCUGUACAUCCUGAAGGGUGACCGCACUAUUGAGUUUGAUGGAGAAUUGGCUGCUGAUGUCUUGGUGGAAUUCCUUUUAGACCUAUUUGAAGACCCAGUGGAGAUCAUCAACAGCAAACUGGAAGUCCAAGCCUUCGAGCGCAUCGAUGACUACAUCAAACUCAUCGGCUUCUUCAAGAGCGAAGACUCAGAACAUUACAAGGCAUUUGAAGAAGCAGCUGAGCAUUUCCAGCCCUACAUCAAAUUCUUUGCCACUUUUGAUAAAGGGGUUGCAAAGAAGCUAACCCUAAAGAUGAAUGAGGUUGACUUCUAUGAACCGUUCAUGGAUGAGCCCACUGCAAUCCCAGACAAACCUUAUACGGAGGAAGAGCUUGUGGAGUUUGUGAAGGAACACCAAAGACCCACGCUACGCAGGCUGCGUCCGAAAGAUAUGUUUGAAACCUGGGAAGAUGAUCUGAAUGGAAUCCACAUCGUGGCAUUUGCAGAGAAGAGCGAUCCUGAUGGCUUUGAGUUCCUGGAGAUCUUGAAACAAGUUGCCAGGGACAAUACCAACAAUCCUGACCUGAGCAUAGUAUGGAUUGACCCAGAUGAUUUCCCAAUGCUCAUUGCCUACUGGGAGAAGACGUUUAAGAUUGACCUGUUCAAGCCUCAGAUUGGAGUAGUGAAUGUAACAGAUGCAGACAGUGUCUGGAUGGACAUAAUAGAUGAUGAUGACUUACCCACUGCUGAAGAGCUAGAAGAUUGGAUAGAAGAUGUACUUUCUGGGAAAAUAAAUACAGAGGACGAUGACGAUGAUGCUGAAGAUGAUGAUGACGAUGAUGAUGAUGAGGAUAACUCUGGAGAAGAGGAUGAUGACGACGAUGAUGAUGACAGUGAUGAGGAAGAUGAUUAGCUGUCAUGCUGAAAUUCUCACAGACACAGAACCAUUUUUAUGCAUUAUCCUUUAAAGACAGAAUGGGAGAUAGGAGCAGACAGUCCCAAAGAGAUCCUUCCUUUAUUUUUAAGACCUCCUUUUCUACUCCCUUAUUAUCAAGAAUAAGAAAACUCAGGAAUUCCUUCCUAAUAUAAUGUGAGGGAUUGCUGGUGAACAUAGGUUGGGAACAGGAGAGUGAGAAGGGGGAGGAUAGGGAAUAUGUCUGGUUCUAAUUUCCAGACAUCCCAAUAGGACAAGAAAAACCACUCACACUUUACUGCAGUUAGCAACUUGUUUCUCUUACACCCAAAUUACAGAGAUUAUGACAGUGCCAGCAUCUGGCUCUCUUGAGGACAAAGGUCCCCUCAUAUCUAUUCUCAAGCGUACUUUUUGUAGUUGACUAUGACAAUAACAGAAAUCAGGUUUUGAAACACCCACCAAUCCAGAGUAAUCUUAGAAUCAGAUGCCAUGGGAAAUACUCCUUAAUUAAUUUAGGAGUAUACUCCUCAAUUAGGUAAAUACUCUCAAUUAGUUUAGAACCCAAACUCAAGACAAGCCAAAUAUGGUUCAUGCUCAUGGAAAUGGGUGAAACCCUGAAACUUGUAACUUUGCUAAAUAGUUCAUUUAUGAUAGUUCUUUUUUCAAUAUUAAACCAUCUACUUUAUUGGAUAGUAGUCACAAUAUUGGCACGUUUCCCAUCCCACCCUCUUUUCUAUAUCCUUCCUUUCACCUCAAAAGCUCUGAGGAUGAGCCAGAUAUAAUCUUAUCACAAAUUAUGUACCUUUGUAUGCCUGUAGUUUCUUCUCCAUCAUUGCAUUUUUUUUCCUUCAUGGUAAAAGCUGGUUGUUUUUCUUUUUUCUGACAUCCUAUCAAACUGAACUUUCUAUUAAUUAACACUUCUACACAUCUUUAGUGCAAUCAGAAUCAUGAUUUAUAAUCAUGACCCUGAAACAUGGUGAGAUCCAGAAGCGCCUUCUGAAUUAUCAAAGAAAGCUUAAAUUAUGUUCAGCAUAGCUGUAGUAUUUGUGUUUUAAGCCUCUUCUAAUUCUUUGAAAAUUGGCAACUCAUCUAUGAAGGCUAUUAGCCAAAAUAUCUUACUAACGAGAACUGUUCCACACCCAGUCAUUCUGGGAAAACAGAGUUAGCCCUAUUUCUGCAUACGCUUCUCUGCUGUGUAAGACUCUGGUGGACUGUCCCACAAUUUGAUGUGUAUACUUUUCAAGAUCCGCAGCUUGGCAUACAUACUGGGAGGCUUCUAAGACUACCUGAAUGUCAGCAGAAUGUCAUUUGGACUCUUUGGGAAAUGAAUCAGCAAAAUAGUUGUUGAAGCUAUUAUUCUAACUGGGUUUUGGUCCGUGAGCCUAUUUGGCCUCUAUAUCUGGGAUGAUACUGACUACUCUUUAUCUUUGGACUUUCAUUCUCAGGGGGUUCUGUUAAGCUGUGGCCCCCUCCACAAACAUACCACCAUUAAAUUAUGUCACUGUGUCAGAGCUCUGGGGCAUUGUAAGAUGACUGUGGAGGAACAAGUAAGAAUGACAUUAAAAGCACCAUCCAGUAUAUGUAUGACCGGGAAAAGACCACGUAUGUGCCUCGUUGACAUGAGAAGAAUCAGAGAAUGGCUUCCAGGGCAUUGAAUGGGUUCUUUUCAGAUGAUUUAGGGAAGAGAGGAUACAAAGAUGUGGUGGGGUUAUAAUCUGCAUUGAUGAGCUCAUGGACCCAUUAAAGGAUCAACAGAGUCAUGCCCCAAUUCUUUUCUGUCUUCUUUUGUUUUCCGUUGGGACCUCAGACCAACAAUUAGUCUUGAUCAUUCUCAAGAGCUGAGUAUAACAAAA